UAUUACAGGAACAAAGGAAAAGACAGAAAGUGCCAACAUCAGACUCCAAGGAAAAGAAAUUGAAAAAGAAAAAUAAAGAGAAAAAAUUUGCUGAAUCAAGUGGGGUUUGGAUUCUUCCUAGUCUUUGUUUGGGCAGCCCCUCAUCCCUCAUCUCUCUCUCUCUCUCUCUCUCUCUCUCUCUCUCUCUCUCUCUCUCUCUCUCCCCUUUGCAGUAUUCCAUGCUCUUUUUGGCUUCCUAGACUUUUCCUCACCUUGAUUUAUUUUAUUUUAUUUUUCAUUUUUUGCCAAUUUGCCACCCCCUCCUCCUUGGUCUGCCACUGUAAUCAUCACCCUCUGUACGCCACCAUCAACACCCAGCUAAAGAUCUUUUUCUCUUCAUUUUCUGUCCCUCUCUUUGCACACAUAUAUAGACAGAGGAGAGGGAGAGGGCUCUUGGGUUGGGAAGAGGUUUUAAGGAAAAACCCAUCUUAUAAUUGUCUCUUCUUACCAUGUUAGAGUGCAUGGUGAAAGCUCUUGAUGGCUUUAAGAGAGAGAGAGAGACUGGAAAAGAGAUAUAUCUGAAUUGAUGCUGCAGAGUUGCUCAGACAAGCAAUCCAUGGCCUAGAUAGCGACUUGGAGAAUAACCCAUCAUCAUCAUCAUCAUCUCUUCACGAGAUUAAUUUAGCUUUUACCAAACCAAUGAAUGAUGCCUUUCUGUGGCUAUGUGUUGCUGCCACCUGUUUUUCAACAAGCUGUCUCUCUGCUUAGUUUUUUUCCAAAGCUCAGAUUCUCUAUCUUAGUAUGUUCAAAGGUGCAAAAGUAGGUAGUUGAGAAGAUUUCAAACAAAUUAACAAAGAGAUCAGAUUAUUGUUUUUCUCUUUUGGAGUUUUCGUCAAAGGCAAUAUGUUUCCUGCAGCCAUGUCCAAUUCAACUUCUUUGUCUGAAGAAGCUAGUGUUUCUUCUGGUACUAGAGUUCAGGACUUUGGUGGCUUAAAUCCUCUGCUUUCAACUCUUUCUCCACAGCAGCCACAGAAGAUGAAGAAAAAGAGAAACCUACCUGGAAACCCAGACCCAGAUGCUGAAGUGAUUGCAUUAUCCCCAAAGACCCUAAUGGCGACCAAUAGAUUUGUAUGUGAGAUCUGCAACAAGGGGUUUCAGAGGGAUCAGAACCUUCAGCUUCACAGGAGAGGGCAUAACCUUCCAUGGAAGCUGAAGCAAAGGAGCAGCAAAGAGGUCAGAAAGAGAGCCUAUGUUUGCCCUGAGCCUUCAUGUGUUCACCACCAUCCUUCAAGGGCUCUGGGUGAUCUUACAGGAAUUAAGAAACACUAUUGCAGGAAACAUGGGGAGAAGAAGUGGAAGUGUGACAAAUGCUCUAAGAUCUAUGCAGUUCAAUCAGAUUGGAAGGCUCACUCUAAAACCUGCGGAACAAGAGAAUAUAGAUGUGACUGCGGCACACUUUUCUCCAGGAAGGACAGCUUCAUAACCCACAGAGCGUUCUGUGAUGCAUUGGCUGAAGAAAGUGCAAGGCUCUCUGCAAACCAACCUCUCUUCCCUUUUUCAAAUCCAACGACCCAACACUUUCCAACACAAAUCCCUCUGACUCCAUGGGACCCACCCCAAAACCCUAACCCUAGCCCAGUUCUUCAAGUGAAGGCGGAGGCUCAUCACCACCAUUUCCAAGCAGCAGCAGCAGCAGUAGCACAUCAUCAUAUAUCAUCAUCUCCAGUACUACACACCCCAUUCUUCCAGCCCACGUCAUCAAACACAGCCACGUCAGCGCACCUGUCAGCCACCGCUCUUCUCCAAAGGGCUGCGACCGUGGGUGCAGCUGCAGCCUGCCAGCAGGGACAGUCAGUGGGUCACAUGAGCCGGCAGCAGAUGGAUCAUCAGCAAGUGAGUCAGAUUUCCACCGAGUACAUGAUGGGUGGUGGUGGUGGUGGGUUCACUUCCGGAGAGCUCGCCAAGUGGCACAACACAGACCGUCUGACUCGAGACUUUCUGGGUCUCACGGAAACCAAUGGUGCUCCUCCUGAUCAUCAUCAUCAUAUUAACGCUAGCGUUAACUUCAAAGAUAUGCUAACGUUCACGGGUGGCGUACACUUCCAACAGCCAUACGAACAUCCGCGUGACCAGUCGCUGUUGAAGCCCCAUGGUUUUGGAUUCGCUGAGCCUGCUGCCUCGGAAACGUGGGGGGACUGCUGAGGUAAUUUCAUUCAAUGGGUCGAUGAUCGGGGGGGCAAAACUGCCAUUCUCUCUCCUCCUCCUCCAUUCCAUCCAUCCAACCUCAACCAAAAUCAUCACUUCAUAUAAUAUAUGGCAAUUCAGUUUUUGUUCUCUUAAUGUUUUCUUUUUAAUUAAAGAGCUAGGUACGUAUGCUAGCUAAGCUACCAAUUUAGACUUCUUUUUCUUUUCUUUUUUUAUAAUAUUCUACGUACGUACAUUAGUUUUAAAUCAAAGUAAACUUUUGUCAUGAGGAAUUUCCCUGCGUGUGCUAUAAAUUCUCUCUCUGUGGUAGUAUUAUUUAAUUUCUCU